AUGGCUCCAGAGUACGCGUUUGAUGGAAAGUUCUCCAUCAAGUCGGAUAUAUACAGCUUGGGCGUUAUGAUCUUGGAGAUUGUCAGUGGACAGAAGAACAGAGGGUUCAAGCAUCCAUCCUGCUACAAGAACCUUCUAGAACAGGUAUGGCAUUUUUGUAAGGAGGGGAGGGAGUUGGAAAUGAUGGAUCCGUGCUACAAAAAUUCGUACGUGGAAUCCCAGGUGAAAAGAUGUAUCCAAGUCGGGUCAUUGUGCGUACAGAAUGUGGCAGAGGAGAGGCCAAUGAUGCCGGCUGUGGUGCUCAUGCUGAGUACUGAGGAGGCGGUCUUGCCUCGGCCAAGGAAGCCCGGGUUUUUCUUGCACGGGGACUCCAGUUUGUCACAUAGCAAUGCCUCAGGAAAUACUGGCGGCGCAGUGACCAUAACUGACAUAGAAGCCAGGUAG